AUGGACAACGUCCACAACACGUCCAACUCCAACUUGACCACCUUCACCUCUUCCAAGCGACGUCGAAAUACUCUGACCAAGAAUCCUCCUCCUUCGGCCUUCCCCUCCAAAGGCUCCCUCCGCAAACAACAGUCAUCUGCCGCACUUCAACGUGCCCCGUCAGCUCCGUCCCCAUACCCUCGCAGUCACGACGCCUCACUUUCGUCUCGCGAAUUCCAUCAGAGAACCCAAUCCAGCGCGUUCGCUUCCUCCACGUCCUCGCUUGAACACAGCAGUGGCGCACCGUCCCCCAUCGUUCCUUCUGCCAACUUCUUCGCGUCGUCCAUCAACGGCUACCAGGCACCGCAACACCUCCCUCUGACGCCCCAGACCUCAGAUGACCGUCACAAAGACUUGAUCGGAGCGCCAUUUGACGCCUCAGGCCUCUUAUCUUCCUUUCAAAACACCGGGAUGAACGACAGUCAGAAUGCCGGUGCUCAGUCACCGUAUCCCCCGCCGUUAGCCCACACCCAUACCAGCCCCGACCUUCGAUCACAUCCGCUCCGGAACUCUCAGACCUUUGGGCCUGGAAUGGUGGCUAUGAUGGAGGUCACGCCUCCCAAGUCGGAGAAUGGCACGCUCAGUCCCAAGCGCUUCUCGGGCGACGGUCACACAAAACCCGCUGGGCCUUUUCGCAAGAAAAGCGGCUUCUCCAGCUUCGUCAACAACAUGCUGGGUUCCCCGAGGACUAUCAAGAUCUCAGCUCCAGAAAACCCCCUUCACAUGAUACACGUUGGCUACGACAACCAGACCGGGCAGUUUACGGGACUACCUGCAGACUGGCAGAGGAUCCUAGCCGACAGCGGCAUCACCAAGUCUGAGCAAGACCAAAAUCCACAGAUGAUGGUCAACAUUGUCGAGACCUACAAAAACAACCUGGGCGGCAACGACGAUGGGGUGUGGCAGAAAUUCGACCACGCCAAAUUCUCCGACUCUCCUCAGAGCAGCAAUAGCAGCUACCAGAGUCCGGUGACGCCAAUCAUCGGGUCCAGCGUUGCUUCGUACUCCCCCAUGGCUGGUGUCAUAUCUCCUCCCGCGAGUCCUCGAUUCCCACAGAAUCACGAGGGCAGCUUCGAAAAUCCUCGCGCUCCACCGCCCGUACCAAAGGGCCCUCCUGCUAGCGCAAUGGCAGGCAUGAAACCGAAUCAAACACCCAUGAUGAUGAUGCCCAAUCGCCCUCCUCCAAAACCGCCGGUACAGAGUCUUCGAGAUAUGGCACCCUCUCGGCCUGCGCCGCCUCCCCCUCUAAGCCGAGACCUACCGUUACGGCCAGUUCAGGAGCAGCCGAAACCGCCGCCGCCGCCGCCGGCCUCUCUACCUAAUACACCAUCGAUUCCACAAGAAGAAGCUCGGAGUCGAUCCAAUUCGAAAGGCCCAGCUGUCACACCGCCACGGACCCAACAGGCAAUUCAAUCCCCGGCCCAGUAUCAACAACAACAAGAACAGGCCAUGAUUCUAGCGCAACAAGCCAUCCAGAGUAAGCAACUAGACCGCAGUCGCAGCCAGCGUCAAGUUGCGCAAGGCGCACCCGAGGUUCCACCAAAGAUCUUGCCUCAACAAAUCAGCCCCAACAUUCCACAAGCUCAAUUUGCUGCAGUGACAGCCUCGCCAGCCCUCGAGGGCGCUCCGCAGGUAGCUGCUGUGCCUCGACCCCGACAGAAGCGACAACAAAGCAACAUCGUGGAUGUUACAGCCAGGUUACGAGCAAUAUGCACUCCUGGUGACCCGACCACGAAGUACAGCAACCUCAACAAAAUUGGGCAAGGUGCCUCCGGUGGUGUCUACACCGCUUUUGAAAAUGGCACCAAACGGUGUGUUGCCAUUAAACAGAUGAACCUCGAACAACAACCAAAGAAAGACUUGAUCAUCAACGAGAUCAUUGUGAUGAAGGACAGUAAGCAUAAGAACAUUGUCAACUUCAUCGACAGCUAUCUGCAUGAGGGCGAUCUGUGGGUGGUCAUGGAGUACAUGCAAGGCGGCAGUUUGACCGAUGUGGUAACAUUCAAUGUUAUGAGCGAAGGCCAAAUCGCGGCAGUGUGCAGAGAGACGCUCUACGGCUUACAACAUCUGCAUUCUAAGAACGUGAUCCACCGAGACAUCAAAUCUGACAAUAUCCUCCUUUCGGAGAGAGGGGACAUCAAGCUAACGGACUUCGGAUUCUGUGCCCAAAUCAAUGACAGCCACAACAAGCGCACAACGAUGGUCGGGACACCAUACUGGAUGGCUCCAGAGGUGGUGACGAGAAAAGAAUACGGCCGAAAAGUCGACAUCUGGAGUUUGGGCAUUAUGGCGAUCGAGAUGAUCGAGGGAGAACCGCCAUAUCUGACCGAGUCACCGCUGCGGGCCUUGUACCUGAUCGCUAAGUACGGAACACCACGUAUCAAGGACGAGCAAGCGCUGUCGCCGGUCUUCCGAGACUUCCUCCAUUUCGCCCUGAAGGUGGAACCCGAGAAGCGAGCAAGUGCUCAUGAUCUGUUACAUCAUCCAUUCAUGCAUAAUUGUGCCCCGCUUUCCAGCCUCGCUCCUCUUGUUCAAUCUGCAAAAGAAAGCAGAGCUGCCGAAAAGGCCAACAGAGGCAACUGA